CUGGAAGAUAAUUUCAGAUCGGAGGGACCAAGAAAAACUCGCGUACAAAUAGAGGCGGUUGGGCCUGCUAUUCCCGUGCUUCCUGAAGAUUCACAGGCGGUGAAAAUCGGGAUAAAGUACCGGAUAAGAGUACUGCAUAAGGUACUGCAUAAGAGCGAAGUGGAAGACGAAUCUGAAACGAAGGGAACAACAGAAGAACGUUCGCCGAUGCGGCCUCGGAUUGAUCACUCUGCAGAUCCUCCGCCUGACAAAAUUCUAUUACCGUCGGACGAAGAAAGAGACAAGGAUUUAUACCAUCGUGUGGGGCCAGUGACUAGACAGUUUCUUGGCAGACCAUGGCAUAGGUGUUCAGAUCACAAUAGUGGUGAAUCAAAAAGCGUUGAUGGUCCAACGUCGUCAACGAUGGAAACUGCUGAAGAUAAGUCUAGUGACAGGAUACCAAUGGCGUUGGAUGAGGAACAACAUCUUGCAGAUGAGUCUGCUACUCUUCUGCUUGAUAAAGGCUCACCGGCGUCAGCAGUCGCAGUGAGAAUUGGGUAA